AUGUCAUCUUGCAAGCCCUCUCUCACUCCGGUUGACACAAAACCGAAGGUCAGUGCUACUUCGGGUGCUCCUUAUGAAGAUCCCACUCAUUAUCGUAGUCUCGCAGGUGCUCUUCAGUAUCUCACUUUCACGAGGCCAGAUAUUUCAUAUGCUGUCCAACAGGGCACUCUUGAUCACGGGUUGCAUCUCUACCCAUCAUCGAUCACCGACCUUGUCUCCUACACCGAUGCAGAUUGGGGUGGAUGUCCAGACACUCGUCGUUCUACGUCGGGGUAUUGUGUAUUUUUGGGUGACAACUUGAUUUCUUGGUCGUCAAAGCGACAACCAACUCUUUCUCGGUCUAGCGCUGAAGCAGAGUAUCGGGGUGUUGCUAAUGUUGUCUCUGAGUCUUGCUGGAUUCACAAUCUUUUAUUGGAACUACAUUGUCCAGUUCGCAAAGCUACGUUGGUAUAUUAUGACAAUUAUGUGUGUGCAUAUUCCUCAAUGGUAGAAGAGUGGAAGAAAAGUGAUACUGUAAUGUCAAAUAAAAAACAAGAAAUCGAUCAAAGCUUUGAAAAAACACAAGCUGAUAAAAAAGCUAAGCUUUGA